UUGCGCUCACGUCACGUCGCGUCGCGUCGCGUCACGUCACGACAGGAAAUCAGCUACGCGACUAGCGAGCGACGUGAAGAAGAAGAGAAAAGAAAAAACUUGUUCGUUAACUCCGUUAACACAACUUCAGAGAGUUAAAGAUGUCGUCAGGUGCUCUCUUUCCAAGCUUGGUAAGCGGCUCCAGGGGAAGCUCCAGCAAGUACCUGGUGGAGUUUCGUGCUGGCAAAAUGACCCUGAAGGGCAACGUAGUGACACCAGACAAACGCAAGGGCACGGUGUACAUCCAGCAGUCGGACGACUCCCUGAUUCACUUCUGCUGGAAGGACAGGACGACGGGGAACGUUGAUGAUGACCUGAUCAUCUUCCCCGACGACUGCGAAUUCAAGAGGGUGAACCAGUGCACCACCGGACGUGUCUACGUGCUGAAGUUUAAAGCCGGAUCCAAGAGGCUGUUCUUCUGGAUGCAGGAGCCGAAGACGGACAAGGAUGACGAGUACUGUCGUAAGGUGAACGAGUACCUGAACAACCCCCCCAUCCCCGGAGCACCAGGGAGCGGAGGCGGCAGCGGCCACGAACUCUCUGCGCUCGGAGGAGAGGGAGGCCUGCAAAACCUGCUGGGAAACAUGAGCCACAACCAGCUGAUGCAGCUGAUUGGGCCAACAGGACUGGGGGGACUGGGCCUGGGAGCUCUAGCAGGACCAGGACUUGCCAACUUGCUGGGCAGCGGAGGACCAGCUACGAGCAGCUCCUCAUCCAGCUCUCGCAGCCAAUCAGCAGCGGCCACUCCUUCAUCAGGCGCAGCCCCCAGGCUGAGCUCCUCUCAGGCGCCCACCACCCCCGUGACUCCUGCUGCCUCAGCUGUGUCACCCACUGGUGUUGCUCCCUCCACACCAGCCUCGGCUCAGACCCCCGUGGCCCCAGCCACUGUUGGAAGCCCUGCACCCCACCAGCCCAUCCAGCUUAGUGACCUUCAGAGCAUCCUCGCCACCAUGAACGUCCCAGCGGCGGCUGCUCAGGGACCAGCAGUGGACCUGGCGAGCGUUUGCACCCCAGAGAUGAUGGCUCCCAUCCUGACUAAUGCUGAGGUCCAGCAGAGGCUGCUGCCCUUCCUCCCGAGCGGAGAGAGUUUACCGCAGAGCUCCGAGGAGAUCCAGAACACACUCAACUCGCCCCAGUUCCAGCAGUCGAUGAGUAUGUUCAGCAGUGCCUUGGCCUCCGGGCAGCUCGGCCCUCUCAUGAGUCAGUUUGGUCUGCCGGCAGAGGCUGUGGACGCCGCCAACAGAGGAGAUGUGGAGGCGUUUGCCAGGGCCAUGCAGGGCAGUAAAGGAGACUCCAAAGAGAAGAAAGAGGACGACGAAGACAUGAGUCUGGAUUAGAGCUCGACCCGCCGAGCCUCAGCAAACUGUGAUUCCUUCUCUCCUUUAUACUUCAGUACUUUCUCUUUACCUCCCUCUCUUCUGUGUUGUCUUAUACGUUUCUGUACCAGAGGCAACACUCUGCUCCUACUCAGGACGAACACCACGGGACUAGUGAAGCUGUGAGGACACAAGUUAGGCCGCUUUUUCCACUGCGACCAACUGUUUGACCUAAUCGUGUUUAAUCAUCAGCACUUUUGUUCUAUUGACCAUUAGUUUUACUCUGAAAGGAGAGAGGCAGUUUUAUAAAAAGAGGGGAAUUGUGUUGGGAUUAAGCCUUAAGUUGGAUUUUGUCUUCUUUUCUGUGUUUCUGUUGUUACGCCACAGUGCAGACCGUCACGAGUCUGAGCGGGCGCUGAUGCGUUCAGGCUUGUUUUGUGAUUUACUCUUCAUAAUAAAAAUAAUCAUAUUGGCAAAGAA